CUUGGACAAAACGUAAACAAAUCGCGGUCUUUUUUUACCUUCUAAAAAUUUCCGCCUACUAAAUACCGUGCUGCCCGAGAGAGUUGUGUGAAAUCGGAAGCGCACGCGCGUGCCAUAUUAAUGUUGAUGCCAUUGACCGACGACGACGACCGGUGGCCAAAAACAUGGAUGGCCCACACGGCCCGACCCAGUUUACCUUCGACCGCCGAUCCGUCUGCUGAUGUCUCCAGCGUACGAGUGGCCACUCCUGGAUGCGGAAGAUGAGGCUGAUGUUUGUCUGCUCUCGACACUGAUCGGAGUACACGAUAGUGUUAUCGCCAAGGAGGUCACCUUUGAGAGUGAGUAUUUGCCGCCCCUGGAGGAACCACCUUACGCGGACUUUGCGCUGAUCGAUCCGCUUCUACCAAGCGGACCCGGAACGCCCACACGACCUCCGUUACGUAAUGUGCCACAAAAGGACCUCCGCCAGCGACGCUGUAAAGAGUGUGGAUACCGAUUUCAGUGUAAAUCUCAUCAGGAUCGCCACCAAUCGUUGCACCAUGGCAACGAUUCAAACUGUACCACUGGACGUCCGUUGAAAUCACGUUGCCGGUUGUGUCGAGAGCAGUUGCCCACCGUGCUGCACCUGGCAGACCAUCUUCGAGGCCAACAUCCCCUGGAGGCUGUUUGUGAUGUUUGCCUCGCGACAUUCCAUAAUCCCACGGCACUCGCGUGCCACCGUCGCUUUCAUUUCUCCAUUGAUGGUGGUCGGCAUGUUUGCGAUGUUUGCCAGAAGGUUUGUGUUAGCUCCAGCCAUCUACAUCUUCACCGGAAAACACAUCUCGAUGUAAAGCCGUACUCCUGUGGACACUGCCAACGGCACUUUUCAUCCUCGGGGAAUCGGCGGAAGCACGUGGCGCGGGUUCACACGCAGGAACGGAGAUACCGCUGUACGGUGUGCGCCGAGGCGUUCAUCUAUCCUCGUCAGCUGAAGCUACAUUUACAACGGGAACACUCGGACUUCAAGGGGAGCCACUCGUUGGGUAGCAAGGAAAAACGAUCCUUCGAGUGCCCGGAGUGUGGCAAGUGCUUCAAGCAGACGACACACCUUCGAAACCAUCUCCUAACGCAUACCGGCAUCCGAGCACAUGGAUGUGAGUUUUGUGCGAAACGUUUUGCCCUGGCCGGUGACCUGCGGAUACAUCGACGCAUUCACACGCAGGAGAAACCAUUCCGCUGUGACCGCUGCCCGGCGGCGUUCAUAAUGGGAAAACAGUUAAACAAGCACCGGCUGGCCGUGCACAACGUGUGUAAGCUUUAAGGGGAAAUUCUAAAACACAAAAAGGGGAAUCUCUCAGUUCACCUGUGACAAUAAUCGAAACGCAGAUCUGCCUAAAACUACGAUAGCACAAACAGGCAUUUAGCGACAAGACUAGAAUUAAGAUGUGCUUUUGGCAAUAAAAUAAAACCGGUUUGUUGGUACUCGUAACUGAGGAUCGGUCACUU